AUGGUGAGUGUCCAGCCGCCGCGCAGGGAGGAUCUCCAGCCCAGCUAUGCCCAGACGCUCGUCGGCGAGAGCGAUCAGGGCAGUCAUGGCUGGUAUGGCAGCAUGAUUAGCUCCCUGGGUUCAUGUAUUGGAGCAAUGGGUGCGAUCCCCUGCUGCAUCCUCUGCCCGAACCCCUACAAACCUGUCUCGCAGGGUAAUGUAGGCCUGGUCACCAAGUUCGGUCGCUUCUAUCGCGCUGUCGACCCCGGUCUGGUCAAGAUCAACCCUCUCAGCGAGCGUCUCAUCCAGGUCGAUGUCAAGAUUCAGAUCGUUGAGGUCCCACGACAAACGUCCAUGACCAAAGACGGCGUGGCGCUCCACCUGACCUCCGUCAUCUAUUACCACAUCACCUCCCCGCACAAGGCUGCCUUUGGCAUCUCCAACGUCCGCCAAGCCCUCGUCGAGCGCACCCAGACCACCCUCCGCCAGGUCGUCGGUGCUCGCGUCCUCCAGGACGUCAUCGAGCGCCGUGAGGAGGUGGCCCAAUCCAUCGGGGAGAUCAUCGAGGACGUCGCGUCCGGCUGGGGGGUGCAGGUCGAGAGCAUGCUCAUCAAGGACAUCAUCUUCAGCGACGAGCUGCAGGACUCCCUCUCGAUGGCGGCGCAAUCCAAGCGGAUCGGCGAAUCCAAGGUCAUCACCGCGCGCGCCGAGGUCGAGUCUGCCAAGCUCAUGCGCCAGGCGGCCGACAUCCUCUCCAGCGCGCCAGCCAUGCAGAUCCGCUACCUCGAGGCCAUGCAGGCCAUGGCCAAGUCAGCCAACAGCAAGGUCAUUUUCCUGCCUGGCGCCUCCAACGUCGGGAGUCAUCUGGGGGAGGGCUCCGGGGAGGGCUCCGGGCAGAAGGCGCAGGCCGGUGACUUUGGAGGUCAAGACCCCGGUUUCCAACGAGCCAUCAACGCCCACGUCGUCGAGCACAUCUGA